AUUUGGCUCACGUCAAUAGCUGCUAAUUAGGUGAUUUGAACACAAGUAGGUAUAGAUGCUGGAGAAAAUAGAACACCAGGAGUCUCCCGAAGGCAAUUCCCUGGAAGUCUUUGUUCCGCCUUCUAAAGGGGUGUCGGCAUUGAUGAUCACCCAAGUGGUUUCCAAGUUGCUUACGUUUAUGCUUAACCAGAUCCUCUUACGACUGGUAGCCCCAGCUAUCUUUGGAAUCUCGUUCCACUUGGAGUUUCUCUACUCAACGAUACUCUUCUUUUCUCGAGAAGCUGGGCGCUUGGCCAUCCAAAGAACCGCUCCUAAACCCAACUCAAACCACACAUACCAAACAGUGUAUAAUUUUGGGUUCGUGUCGUUUAUGAUAGGAAUACCUAUAUCACUAUUAAUCAUGGGCUGGCAGCUCCAAGGUGAAAGUUUUGCCAAGGUUAAUAGUAUAUCUAGCCACUACACGUUUGUUGUGGGAGUCUAUUGGAUUCUGGUGCUAAUGGAGUUGCUGGUGGAACCAAUAUAUGGUCUCUAUCAGUACACCCUAAACUUCAAAAAAAGAAGCGAAUUCGAAUCUGGGGCAAUGUUCUUGAAGUGUGUGGUUAUUGUGUUGACUGUUUUAAUUACGGGUUCACAAGAUAAACAGAAUAAGGGACCUUUUGAAAGAAACGGAGAGCUUUUGGUGGCAUUCGCAGCCGGUCAGUUUCUGUAUUCUUUCUGGCUAUUUACCCGCUACAUCUCCGGCUUCUCCCAGACUUUCAGACAGAUACAAUCGGUGCCUCUAGCGAUCGAAAUCAAAGACGGGGAGACUGAAUGGCUCGAUCCGGAGGUGCUUAGGUUCUGGAGAAUCUCGUUUGUUCAGAUGAUCUUCAAACAGUUCUUGACAGAAGGUGACAAGCUUCUAAUCAGUGCCUACUUUUCAGUGGAAAGCCAAGGAGUCUACUCGGUGAUGAACAACUAUGGGUCAAUUAUUGUCAGGCUACUCUUCAAUCCAAUCGAAGAAUCUGUGAGGCUUUCGUUCACACGCAUGCUCAACUCCAAGAGUUCGGAUUCUAGCAUCAGUGGAGCAGCCUCAACUCUUCAAUACUUGUUGAUGUUCUAUUUACAUCUCUCCAUCCUCAUGGUUGUUGCUGCGUUGUUUAAUUCGUCCUUUUUGCUCAAGUUCGUACUUGCGGGUAAGUCUUCCUCAUGGCUUGACACUGACUUGUUCGAGUUAAUGCCAUGGUACAUCAUCCACAUUCCAUUUUUGGCGUUUAAUGGAGUACUCGAAGCGUUCUUCUCUGCAACUGCUUCCACCCAUGAUACCAAAAUUUAUUCAUACUUCAUGUCAGGUCUGAGUAUUGCCAUAUUAGUGCUUAUGUAUGUUCUUGUUGAAAACUUCAAGAUGGGAAUCCUUGGGCUUAUUGUGGCCAAUUCUGUCAAUAUGAUGGCCAGAAUCGUAUAUUGCACCACCUUCAUCGUCAACUACUUCAGAAAAAAUGGUAUACCAGUUAACUUUCUGGAAAUACUACCAUUUUGCAUGAAAUGCAUUCUAGUUGGAGGUGUGGGGAUCCAUGCUAAUUAUGUGAUUCUAGGAGAGUCGCUAAGAAGCCAGACAUUCAUAGAUGUGUUCAAGAGUGCUGGGGUCUGUUUGUUUUGCCUUGUUGCACUCAUGUGUACAGUUAAAGACGACCUCAAGACAUUGAUCAAAUAUUACUUCAAGGCCAAACAGUCGUGAUACAUAGGUUAAUAAAAAAUAUCGGAGUUGCAACACCAGAUACUCCAAACCUAUUACAUAACCAACGACGUGCCAUCCGGUUCGCCUCCACCACGGGUAACCUACUGUGCUGAAUUACUUCCCUCCAGUGAUAAUGUUACUCAUUGCUGAGAAUAGAGCGAUUGAUUACUCGAAUCGUCUAAUUCUCGACCGCAGGGAUCGAACCGGACACUUCAAUUGUAAUAAUAGAUCUUGAGUACGCAGUCGGCGCGCUUCUACCACAAGCCAUCACAGC